AUUCUACUCACAUCAUCCAUCUCCCGAACACCCAACCUUCCUCACUAUGACAGGCGGUCGAACAUCAAAGCUCCAUUCUGCUGCGCCGCACGCGUCUCACGGCAUCCCCCUGCCUCAAUCGCCUGCUUUCAUCACGUGAACAGGCUGAGCAACUCUGGGCGACAUGCAAUGCGCCGCAGCAACAAGGAUCACAGCAAAGCCGCCCACACACGGUGCUCCACAGCAACAUGCAUCCCUGUCCGUGGUGGUCAAUGUGGGAGUGAGGCUGAAAUUACAUCCCGUGAACGAGCGUUGACUCCGACUCUUCUACUCUGCCGAAUUCCCAUCGUAGAUCUGUGUCUGUAUAUAUGUCCACAGUCCGCGCCCCUGGACUACCGUGUCGCAGGCAUGCGUAUUCGUUGAUCUUGUCAGACCCCUUCCGACCGUCUGAACACAAAUGUUAAGGCGUGUUCUACUCCGGCCCCCACUACCCGGCCAAGAUGACACUGUUCGUUCACCACGGUUCGGACCUGUUCACCUACGACCAACAAGCCACCUCUGCGCAAGUGCUACUGAGAGGCGAUGAUGCAUACACAAGAGUCGAGUACGACGAGUAUGUGGUGUAUAGCAGGCGGCCUGCCACACCUACGCCGGACGGAGAGCCUACAAAGGAAAGUCACAGCGAUGCACAUAUCACACAUCGUUUCAGCCACAAUGAUUCAUCAGGAGCGCAUAUGCUCGACCUGGCUUUCAGAAAUGGGUUUAUGGUGGACAGAAAUGGCGAGUUUCGUAUUCCUGAGCCGCAUGAGGAAGGCAUGGAAGACUUACAUGGCCGAGUCCGUAGAGUAAUAUGUUUCCGGAGAACUUCACCUAUAGAAGGUGCCCCAGAUAUGCUCAGUCUCUCCGAGACUGACUUGGCUGACCUUGAUCUGCAUCCCGCAACGCUGCAGUACUCUACUCGCGUGGCAACCGAGUCUAGAUUCUGGUCGAGGGACCGAACCAUGCUCAGCUUGAUCUUGUCAUUCUCAGAGUCGGCCAAGACGCCGUGCGACUUUUUGUCCAUGACAUAUAACGUUCUUACGCGAUCAGCCACCAUUUUAAUCAGGCAAACCUGGGAGCCAAGGCGGCACCGUCUUGACGAUAUGGACGAGUACGAUCACAGGCUGGAAUCAUGCCGCGAUCAAUGGGCCCAUCCACUCGUCAUGCCAGUGAUCCUCCUUCAGGUACAGUUCAUGCGUUGCGAAGAAGCGGUGCAGGAAAACUCGCUUGAUGUCGUUGCUCUGGAACAAGAGGUCAGCAGUACAUUGAGCACAGAUGGCUUCGACGCCAGCGACCCAAAGAUUAGACGUCGGCUAGGCAAUGGCGGCGAUGACGUGAAAGCAUGGGGUCCCAUGAACAUGACAAACCUCAUGAAGCGGGCGCACGAGGUCCUGCGAGACACAAUCAAGCUUCUGGAUACUAUACGUUGGAUGGAACGAGCGGUGAAGUUGCUGAUCAUCUCUGGGGACGAGCUGGCCGAACGGAUGGAGGGUUCCACGGCUCCGCCACCGACGCGUGACUUAAACAUGGGAGGAGAUCAGUUCGGCUCCUAUGAAAGGGACCCAUCCCCUUUGCCCUUUCUGUCGGUCCCAGAAGGCGGGAGACGGCCAAGAGCAAGGUCUGCACUUGGAAUGGCCGACGAGCUUGGCCUACAUUGGCACGAGAUUCGGCAAUACCUCGAGGGUCUCUUACGCCUAACAAUGAGUCUGGAGACGGAACGGCGCAUGGCUGAUUCUCGGUGUCGAGCGCAGAUCGAUAUUAUCUACAGUCGAAUGGCACAAGAGGACAACGCUCUCAACGCCCGCAUGGCUGUGGCGUCUAGUCGUGACAGUGCUUCCAUGAAGGCCCUUGCCGUCAUCACGGCCAUAUUCCUCCCGGGAGAGUUCAUUGGCACACUAUUCGGCAUGUCCAUGUUUGACUGGCUCGCACCAAGCAAAGACGAGGAAGACGGGGGUAGUGGAGGCGGCAAGAAAACGGUAGGUGGCGGCGACGAAUCCGAAAACAUCCUCAGUCGCAACUUUUGGGUGUAUUGGAUCAUCUCCAUCCCCCUGACACUGUUCAUCAUCCUCGUGUGGCGCCUAUGGUGGGUCACCCAGGACCGUUACUUCAGGCGGCAUCUUUCGCAAGAGCUGAGUGAGGAGCGUUUCUGGACCGCUGAUGGGAACCCCCGAGAACUGGAGCACAGCUUCAUACAUGACAUUUUCUGGCUAUCAUCGCGCCGCGAGGAGAGCAGAUCCACGAGAGCGCGGCCCCAGAGUGAGAGGCCCCCGGCUAUGUCGAUGAACGGUAGUCACGAUAAAUGGGGUGGUACACUGCAGCGUACGCAAACAAGGGCAUCUACAGUGAGGCAGGAACAGAUUCUGCAGGCACGACAGCGAAGUAUGCAGAAUAGGUCCGUUGUGGUGUAAAACAGAAUCCCUGAGAGAUUCGCUACUCGGAACAAACAACAUGCACAAGAUAAAAGGAAGCAUUUUCACCCCUGUUUUCCAUUCCUAUCGACCUUUUCCCCUUUGCCCGCAGCUAAAGCAAAAUGAACCCA